AGUUUUUAGAAGACCAAUAUAUUGUGCCUUUUGUUUAACGUAGGCUUUUUUCUUGCAGGGCUCAAGGGAAAAGUUCCUACCCAGCAGUUCCAUCUUGUAGGUUGCAAAAUUAUUUGGGCCCUGAGCUCUAUGUACUCUUGUCAGAUCUUUGGAAAAGAACAAAUCCAUUUAUUCUAUGUUAAACCAUGUGAAAUGGCCAGAUGCAGAUGAUUUGCUGUUUUUAAUGGAAAAAGCAAGAACAAAACAGCAGUGCAUAGGUUCAACUUGAUAUAAACGCUCCUUAUAUUGCAUACGCUUCUGAGCUGGGACACUGGGGAGAAAACAGAUGCGAGGUUUCCACGGUAAGGGGAGGAGGGCGGCGGAGCAGACGGCGUGAAGAGAGGUUCCUGCGCUAAGACACCGGGACGCCGGCUUCACUCUCCGCUUCAAUCCAGGCUGCCGGCGGCUUGGUCACGCCCCAAUUUGCAGCCGCCGUAAAGUGCGGCCUCGUGGCCCCGCCUCUUCCUGCGCUUCUUGUGACGCAGGCGCCUUGGGCUUUUUGCGCGGGAAAAGGAAGCAGUCUGGAGUUCUCCUCAGCGUCUUUGGGGUUUGCCGUUUUCGCUGAGGCAGCCGCCCGCUCGGCGCUGCUGCGGACCAUGGGGCUUCUGGAACUGUGCGAGGAAGUGUUCGGCACCGCCGACCUUUACCGAGUGUUGGGCGUGCGGCGCGAGGCCUCAGACGGCGAAGUCCGGCGCGGCUACCACAAAGUGUCCCUGCGGGUGCACCCGGACCGAGUGGGCGAGGGCGACAAGGAGGACGCCACCCGCCGCUUCCAGAUCCUCGGGAAGGUCUAUUCCGUUCUGAGUGACAAAGAGCAGAGAGCAGUGUACGAUGAACAGGGAACAGUGGACGAGGAUUCUGUUGUGCUCAGCCAAGACCGGGACUGGGAGACCUAUUGGAGAUUACUCUUUAAAAAGAUAUCUCUAGAAGACAUUCAAGCUUUUGAAAAGACAUACAAAGGUUCUGAAGAAGAGCUGGCUGAUAUUAAACAGGCCUAUUUGGACUUCAAGGGUGACAUGGAUCAGAUUAUGGAGUCUGUGCUGUGUGUGCAGUACGCAGAGGAACCCAGGAUAAGGAAUAUUAUUCAACAAGCCAUUGAUGCCGGAGAAGUCCCAUCCUAUAACGCCUUUGUCAAAGAAUCGAAGCAAAAGAUGAAUGCAAGGAAAAGAAGGGCUCAGGAGGAGGCUAAAGAAGCAGAAAUGAGCAGGAAGGAGUUGGGACUUGAUGGAGGAGUAGAUGACUUGAAAGCAGUCAUUCAGAGCAGACAAAAGGAUCGGCAAAAGGAAAUGGACAGUUUUCUGGCUCAGAUGGAAGCGAAGUACUGCAAACCUUCCAAACGAGGAGGGAAAAAAACGACUCUCAAGAAAGAGAAGAAAUAAUGGAAUUUUCUCUUCAAAUGUCCUCAGGUGUUAAUUGGUACCAUCGUAGGCAAGGUAUAGUCAAGAUUUGAAGACAAAAGUCAACCCAGCCCUUGAGAAAAGUCAUCUUUCAAGCCUAAAUUAUUCAGAUCAACUAAGUAAACCAAGCAGAAUCUCUCAACCUAAUCUUAAUAUAUCUUAGAAAUAUUCUAGAAGUAUCCUGACAUUCCUCCUCUUAUCAUGGAAUUUGGUGGUGAUCACUGAGGGAACAGGGGAGGGUGGUAUACUUCUUGACAGAAUUGCUUCUGUGGGUCUUCUGUACAAGGAGCUCUAUCUAGAGUGCAGGUCUGUCCACACCUCCUUUAGCAGUUGUCAUUUUGCCAUGUAGGAGUGAGUUGCAGAGUAUCCAGUGAUGUGUGUAUUUAUUAAAACAGGUACUCUACCUAGCUAGAAGGCCUUCAGCACAGUUGCUGGACAUCUGUCUUCCAAAUACUUGCCAGUUUGCCUUCAGUCUUAAUAUUCUUGCAUAGACUCUCUCCUUUUUGUUUUACUCAACCGGUUUUGUACUCUUUGCUUGAUGUAUAUCGGACAAACGGGUUCAGAUUACUUGCAUGCAUCUUUAUAAGACUUAUACGUGAUUAAAUAAGUAAAAUAUGACUGUUAAGUUCUGGAGGCUUUUUAAAUGAUUCCAGUGUGUUCAUUUUAGAUGAUCUAGAGAAAAUAUGAAUGGUGCUUAGGAUAGAGAAAAGAGAAGAAAAGUAGUCCUAGUGAGCAUUGUAGAUGCCCUGGUUUAAGUAGCAUAAAGAGAUGUUGUAAUCCUGCCUGUAACUGCUGAAUGUCCUUUGUCAGGUCACUGAGUUUGUCUGAACUUGUUUCCUUAUCUGUAAAAGGGUAAGGGAGGUGGGUUAAAUGACUUGUUAGAGGCUCCUUCUGUUAAUGCUUACCUUGAAAGGCAAGCCAUCUUGAUCCAGUGGUUUGGUAUGUACUCAUGAUAUUGACUUGUGAGAACAGUACAGAGAUUUUCACUUAUAUUUAGUUGAAUUGGUAUAAAUUCAUUAGAAUAUAGAAGUUUUUAGAGACUUGAAAUCCUAAUUUGUUGGCCAAUAUAUUUAAUACCAUAUGCAUAAAACAAGCCUUCUGUUGUUGAGAUUCAGUUUAUCUGAGGUAAGCAUAUGACACGUUUUCAGCUUUUGAUUACAAACAAGUUAAAUAGUCUUUUUAAUUGUAUUAAAAAUAUAAUUUAAUGCAGAUUGAAGCAUCUGUCUUUAUAAGAUAGCAUUAGAACACUUUGAUAUAAUAAAAAAAUUACC